GUCCUCCCUUCGCCCCUUGAGAGCCCCCAAGGCGGCACUGCAGCUUGGGUUCCACGUCCGAGACCACGGCCGCCUUCGCGGGAAACGGGGCACUGCUGACUCACAGGCCGGCCUGCCCUGCGGUGCAAAGGCCCCUGGAUCUGAAAGGCUGGAUCUGAUGCAUCCUUUCAGCUUUUCUUUUGUUCCAGCCUUUCCUGUUUCAGGCAUUGGUGCUGUAAACGUUAUGACCUGUCAGCCUCCACAUUCUCUCCAGAUGGAAGAGUUUUUCAAGUUGAAUAUGCCAUGAAGGCUGUGGAAAAUAGCAGUACAGCUAUUGGGAUCAGAUGUAAAGAUGGUGUUGUCUUUGGGGUAGAAAAAUUAGUUCUUUCUAAACUUUAUGAAGAAGGUUCCAACAAACGGCUUUUUAAUGUUGAUCGGCAUGUUGGAAUGGCAGUAGCAGGUUUGCUGGCAGAUGCUCGUUCUUUAGCAGACAUAGCAAGAGAAGAAGCUUCCAACUUCAGAUCUAACUUUGGCUAUAACAUUCCACUCAAACAUCUUGCAGACAGAGUGGCGAUGUACGUACAUGCUUACACACUCUACAGUGCUGUUAGACCAUUCGGCUGCAGUUUCAUGCUUGGGUCUUACAGUGUGAAUGAUGGUGCACAGCUGUACAUGAUCGACCCAUCAGGUGUUUCAUACGGUUAUUGGGGCUGUGCUAUUGGCAAAGCCAAGCAGGCUGCAAAGACAGAAAUAGAAAAGCUUCAGAUGAAAGAAAUGACCUGCCGUGAUGUUGUUAAAGAAGUUGCAAAAAUAAUUUACAUAGUACAUGAUGAAGUUAAGGAUAAAGCUUUUGAACUAGAGCUCAGCUGGGUUGGUGAAUUAACUAAAGGCAGACAUGAAAUUGUUCCAAAAGAUAUAAGGGAAGAAGCAGAGAAAUAUGCUAAGGAAUCACUGAAGGAAGAAGAUGAAUCCGAUGAUGAUAAUAUGUAACAUUUACUUUAGCAUCUGUUCUGCUUUACAUUUCUAUGACAGUCCCUUGUAACUACUUAGCCCCUGGAUUAUACAUAUCCACUGCUCAAUUUUCAUUAAAGUUUUGUCUUGUAACAAGUGAA